ACUUACAUAGCACCGUCUAUGACUAUCGUGAAAGGUAGUGCCACCGAGGGUGCUAGUGUGGACCUGAACAACUACCGUAUUUAUGGAACGCUAAUUCUGAUCCUCCUCGCCUUCGUCGUCUUUGUUGGCGUCAAAUAUGUGAACUACUCUGCUAUGGUGUUCCUUAUGGUGGUCUUGCUGUCCAUCUUUGCUAUUUACAUUGGAAUAUUUGCGUCUCCAUUCCACAAAGGCGGCACGCCGUUUUGUUCCUUCAACGGCACUGCAAUAAAGGAUGACUACCCAUGCAGCUUUGACAUGAUGAAUGCUAUGCUGGAGGACAAUGCAUCUGCCCCGCCAUUCACUAAUCCGUUUUAUCUGAACGACAACGGCUUGCUCAAGAUGCAAUUCAAUAAUACGUUCCGCCUCAAGAACGGAAUUCCAGGCCUAAAGGGCGGUGUCUUCUCAGACAAUGGCGGUGGAUCGUUCAUGUCUAGUGGAGAAGCUCGUCCGGGUGUGGCUGCAUCACCUGCACAGGCCGCACAAGAUAUCACCACCACCUUCACUGUACUGCUAGCCAUCUUCUUUCCGUCGGUCACUGGUAUCAUGGCAGGAUCAAAUCGUUCCGGUGAUCUGAAGGAUGCUCAGCUGUCUAUUCCCAAGGGAACGAUUGGCGCUAUCUUGACCACCUCCAUGAUCUACCUCACCUGUGUGCUGUUUUUCGGCGCAACCAUCGAUGGUGUUCUUCUUCGUGACAAAUUUGGUGAAAGUAUAGGUGGAGGGUUAGUGGUGGCGGAGCUGGCUUGGCCCACACCCUGGGUCAUUCUGAUCGGCUCCUUCCUCUCCACUGUCGGUGCUGGUCUUCAGAGCUUAACUGGUGCCCCUCGUCUGUUGCAAGCCAUUGCUCGUGACAACCUGAUUCCCGUUCUCAGUGUGUUUGGUGUGGCAUCGAAGAGCGGUGAGCCGACGCGUGCCUUGAUCCUGACUGGCCUGCUUUCUGAAGUUGGUAUCCUCAUUGCCAGCCUGGAUAAGGUCGCUCCUAUCAUUACCAUGUUCUUUCUGAUGUGCUACGCUUUUGUCAACCUGGCCUGCACACUGCAGUCGCUGUUGAAAGCUCCCAACUGGCGCCCUCGCUUCCGCUACUAUCACUGGGCGGCAUCAUUCGCUGGUGUGUGCCUGUGCGUUGUGCUCAUGUUCAUCUCGAGCUGGUACUAUGCUCUGGCCGCGUUUGUUGUGGCUGUCGUCAUCUACAAGUACAUUGAGUUCAGAGGGGCCGAGAAGGAAUGGGGAGAUGGCAUCCGCGGUCUGUCGCUUCAGGCCGCUCGCUUUGCACUACUGCGUCUCGAGGACGGCCCGCCGCAUACCAAGAACUGGAGACCGCAGCUUCUGGUUUUGACGCGCCUCGAAGCUGACCUUCUGCCAGCUGAUCGCAAUCUGCUAUCUUUCGCUUCGCAAAUGAAGAUUGGAAAGGGUCUGUCACUGGUCAGCUCCGUCAUUGAAGGCAACUUCGUGGAGAGCUAUGGUGAAGUCACCGCUGCUAAACUGUCAUUGAAGCGCGCAAUCCGCGAGGAGAAGAUGAAGGCGUUCAGUCAGGUGAUUUCCUCUCCUGACAUCACGCAGGGCCUGUCCUAUCUAGUCCAGAACAGUGGCCUGGGUGGUAUGACUCACAACACCGUGAUGCUCUCAUGGCCAAACUCGUGGAAGACCAAGGGCACCUGGAAGACGUUUGUCCAAAUCAUCCGUGUGGUGUCGGCAGCUCACCACGCCAUGCUGGUGAUGAAGGGACACGAUCACUUCCCCAGCAACGUCGACCGCGUCACCGGCCACAUUGACAUCUGGUGGGUGGUGCACGACGGCGGGCUGCUCAUGCUGCUGCCAUUCCUGCUGCGCCAGCACAAGGUCUGGCGAGCCUGCAAGCUACGCAUAUUCACCGUCGCACAGAUGGAGGACAACAGUCUUCAGAUGCGGCGUGACCUGGAGAGCUUCCUCUAUCAAUUGAGAAUCGAAGCCGAGGUUGAAGUUGUUGAGAUGUUGGACAGUGAUAUCACUGCCUACACGUAUGAGCGGACAUUAGUGAUGGAAGAACGACAGCGCAUGGUCAAAGACCUCAAUCUGUCCAAGAAAGAGCAGAAGCGUGAUGUGAAUCACAUUGUCGACUCCGCUCAUGGUCGUGGUGCACCCCAUGAGCCUGGUCCUGCGUUGGACCCGGCCACACGACAGCCCAGCAGUGGGCAGCUCUCCUUGCCGUCGUUCCAGUCGCGCCCCGACUCAUUGCAAAUGCCUGCGCCGGGUUUGGACAAUGUCCGUCGCAUGAACACUGCCGUCAAGCUGAAUGAGAUUGUCGUCCAUCGCUCGCACAAAGCUCAGCUGGUUGUUGUCAACUUGCCAGGACCUCCCAAAGCUGGAACCGGUGGUGAAGAGAGCUACAUGGAGUUUGUAGAGGUGAUGACAGAAGGACUAGAGCGUGUGCUUCUGGUUCGCGGCGGCGGUCGUGAGGUCAUCACUGUGUUCUCGUGAGUAGUGACACAAUGUAGGCAAGUAGACAACGGGUGAUCUCGCACUGUGCAAUAGUGCUCUCCUUUGUAUCCUGCGCACGGGGUGCUGCUCUCAGCGGUCUCUCUUUUGCCAACAACUCGAUAUCCCACGCUGGCAGGCCACUGCGUGUGCUGCACCUCACGCUGCAGUUUCACGACCACUCUCCAAUAGAGCUGGUCCAUAUUAUAGCGUCCGGCACGUGAAGUACACAACCUCGCGCUGGCAAACUCGAGCAGCACUGGUGCAGAGAUAUUAUAACGUCUUGGCGUUGCAUGUAUGAGACAUGCAUUAGAAUGAAAAGCGGCUGUUUCUAUUCCAUUUGCAUAUUCAAUUACAUGCUAAUGCAGUUAGCUAUUCGUUUUUAAUUCCCGACAUUCUACCAUUUUCUGAUUUCUUAUUUACAACAGAGAAAUAAUGUUCACCUAUCAAUGUUGUGUGCUUACUCACACACGUAUUGAAUUAUUUCCGAUUUUUUUUGCGUGCUUAUCCUUUUCUUACCCUUCUCCUUGACAAAGAACACUGGAGUCCUGUCUACUUUCCCUAUCCUUUCCCCUGUUGUAGUUGUUUUGCUAUCCCGCCAUCCCGUGCAUUCUCAUGAUCUAUCCUUUGUCCCAGAUUGUAGGAUGCUAGGCUCAUCAAACCCACAUGAAAUUAGACAUACAAAUUACAGAGAACAAAAAUUGUAGCUGCUUAUUGUGCUAUUUCUCUCUGCAUUUAGAGCAAAGCAUACACAAAGACAAAUACCAUCCUAGUGCCGGCCGGUUGCUGUUUUUUUUCUGUUUGUAUUUCUAAGUUACUGAUAUUAGUAAUGUAUGUGCGCCCGGCGCCCGUAUACAGUACAUACUCACAUACAGGUAGCUGUUUUGGUCAUUUCUCAUUCUGAAUUGACGUAUCCCAUCUUUUUCAGCAGCCAUUAUAAUUAUGUCAUUAUUUUUUGCAACCACUGCUGGCAAUUGGAUUGCGACUUUGGUCCUGCGUUCCAGAUAGGGGACAGUCACAGUGGA